GGUUGUCCUAAUGGCACAGGUUCUUCUGACCAGGCCAUGUCGACUCCAGUUAAAGACAGACCAGCUCCGCCCAGCAGUCUGACCCUGUCGGGGUCGCGACCCCGCCGGAAGAAGAUUCUGGUGGCCCCGGCCUUAAGUCUGUCUCUGGACUGCAGCAACUCGGCGCCCUCCGACGACUUCCCCUCCGCCAUCCUGUCGCCCUCCCCCGACGACGAAGACGACACGGGAUUGGACUUCGACCUGGACAACAUGGACACGCCCUCGGACAGCGAGUCGCUUUCCUUUCCCCUGUACGACCUGGACGUAGAAGAUGAUUUCCGUCGUCUUGGUAUAGCAUCAUGGCGUUCCAAGUCUCAUGGUUCCGGUCCAGGCUGCCGGUCCGGGGCAGUGCCGGAGAUGGAUCAGGCUGGACUAGGCUCUCUCGAGCAGGACACGGUGGACGACCAAGGCACCAGGUGGCGCUGUUUCACUACGGGACACCCGUCGCAGGAGAGCAGGGUCAACAUGAGCGUCCUAGAGCCCUACCUCCGCGUCCUCUCCCACGGAGGUUACUAUGGUGACGGUAUGAAUGACAUCAUAGUCUUCUCUUCCUGUUUUCUGCCCGAGAACAAACUGGAGAAUUACCAGUAUGUCAUGGAUAACUUGUUUAGGUAUGUGGUGGGGACGCUGGAGCUGAUGGUAACAGAGAACUAUGUGAUGGUCUACCUGUGUGCCGGCGGUCAGAAGGACAAGCUGCCGGGCAUCAGCUGGCUCCGAGGUUGUUACACCACCAUAGACCGACGAUUACGGAAGAAUCUGAAGGGUCUGUAUGUCGUCCAUCCAACCUGGUACAUCAAAGCCCUCAUCACCAUCAUUAAACCCUUCAUCAGCUCUAAAUUCAGUAGGAAGCUGCAGUUCGUGGAUAAUCUCCAGGCUCUUUCUGACCACAUUCCUACUGAGCACGUGCAGAUUCCAGACUGCGUCCGACAGUUUGACCAGAGUCUGACCCGGUGAAACUCGGAGUCUGCAGAAUGAAAGAGGAUCUGGGAUUUACAGCAACAGGCCAACGGAUGGAUACAGGAAGAAAAAAAAACAACUUUCUCCCUUUUGACAUUUUAAUCUCAAAUGGUGAGAUUGGUUUUACUGGUGGACACCAGUCUGUCUGUACGGUGUAUUGAACAGAAGUGGGACCGUGUAGUUGUUUCCCAAGUUCCGAGUUCUAAGCUUUGAGUUUCAAGUCCUAAGCAAGUUGUUAUGUGCUCUUCAUCAAAUUUAAUGCCAUUUCAAAAAAUUUAACAGCAGAGUAAUUUAACAUACAAAAUGCACAAUGUUUUUUAAAAUGUGUAUUUAUUACGGAUUGAUUCAAAAUGGGUCUGUAAUUAUGCAAAUGAAGCGUUGAUUGGGUGACCACUUUUUAAAAGCAUUUUAUCUCUGGACUCGGAGAAGGAGACAAAAGGCUCAAGUCCAAGCCAAGUCGAUCGGUGUUAAAGUCAAAAUCCAGCUGCAAGUCUCUUUCAAGUCAAAUUUGGGACUUGAGUCCGACUUGAUUCCAGGUCAUGUGACUCGAGUCCACACCUCCAGUUCUGACUGCGGUGGGCCUUCAGAGACCGACUGAAUCCAGUUUAGUGAUUCAGUCUUAGCUCAGUCUGUCUGAGAGCCGGUUUGGUUUGAGGGCCACGUCUUGCUCCGGCUUGUCGUCUGUUUCGUGAGAACCGACGUGUUCUCUUUGAACAGAGAGGGAAAUCAGUCAGGUGAUGAAACCGCAGUCUGAGAUACUUGACUGAGAAACACACUUCCCUGAUUUCAGAGACAGUUUCGGUUUGGUUAAUAUAAAUGAAAUGAUACUCACGAGUAAAUCCAACAUUUCAUUGUUUUUGAUGUUCUCCUGUACCAACACGUAUCUCAGUAAGACGUCAGGAAUGGAAGGGAUAACAUGACGACUCAACACGGCCCUUCCUAUCCAGUUAACUUUGACAUAAGCAAAGUGAAUGGGCUACAUAGAGAGCCGGGGAAUAUGACAUUAAAUCUCGGUAGAUUAAAAAGAGGAAUCCAUCCAAAAAAAACCCAAACAUUUGAAGCGUGAACCUAGGGAACGCAAAAGGGAUGUGGUUGUAUUAAUAUAUUGACUGAAUGUCUCAAGUAAACGAUCAUCUCCUUCAACUGCCAUAAAAACCCUGUUCACAUCAUUUUACUGCCUCUCUGACUUAAACGGUGGUGUGGUCGAAUGUGCGAACACUAGGCUGGGAUUCA